CCCCCCCACACAGACAGCAGAACUCACCAAAUCCGAAAAAUGCAGAGAGCCCCGACUCUCAAACGCUUCCACCCAUCUCUCUACCACCUCAAAACCCUUACCUCCACCACCACCACCACCACCACUAUCACAACCACCACCUCCAUGCAACGCCCUUUCUCCACCACCACCACCUCUUCCUCCUCCUCUGAGCUCCCCAAAAUUAAACACCUCGCCUACACAGUUCUCCUCCUCUUCGGCGGUGCCAUCACAUACAACUCAUUCUCUUUCCCCAAACACAAUAAACCCCAUAUUACUCAACAACUACAACAACAACAACAACAACAACAGCAUCCCAAUAACUGGGACCUCAAGCUCAAGUUUAACGUCUUUGACCAUUUCUUUGAACUCAAACACUUUCGCGACGAACAAGAUUGGAUUUUGUUGAAGACCCAGAUUCGUAGUUACAGCCAAGAGCUCGAUUCUGCUAAGUUUUGGCUCAAACAGAUACUCGACAAGGACUUGUUGUGCCAAAACCCUCAUUGUAUUUGUGGGGACCUUAUAAGGAAGUGUUUGGAAGUUACUGAUAGACUCAAGGAUUUGUCCCUUCAAAUCGAGGCUACAAUGGACUUGUGUGCGAAGAAUUCGGAUUUCCAGUUUUAUUUUUUGAAGGAUUUCAAGGUCAUGGUUGCGCAAUUCAGGCAUUCUAAGAGGGUGGUUUUUGAUGCAUUGAUUUAUUUUCAGGAGCUUGAGCAACAACACCAUUGGAGUAGUAAAUAACACAAAGCUCCCAACCAUGGCUAUUUUGCAAAUUGUAGUCUGUCUGAACUCUGAACAAAGACUCAGACCACAUGUUGAACAGAUCUCUGUAGACACGCUUUGAUUGGGCUGCCAUGGGAUGUGCUGAUAUCUUGAAUAACAUGUUGGAUGUCCAUUGUGAUGAGUUUGUGAAAACUGAAAACAAGAUCAUUGCCUGGGCUGAUAUAGCAACCUGCUCGGUCACCACUGCUCACUAGUAGUAGAUUCAAGGGCAAGGCACCCUUGUCAACUACAUGCCUUCAUAUAAUCAGUAAUCACUUUGAUAUGCAAAGUAGUGUGAGUAUGUGGAAGUCAUGUCUUUGUGAGGAGUCCAUUACUUGACUAUCUAUUUGCAUUUGUAGGGGAUAUGCAUUAUCAGAUAAGAAUGCUAACUAGAUGCCCUGAGUUGGAGUUAAAAGUUGAAGGAGUAAUUACACUUUUCUUUUUUGGUUUCUCACGGGGUGUCGGGGCCAACUUACGUGCAUCUCGACUAAUCCUGCUCGCGGUGGGAGCCUACUACUGGCCACAAGGAUUAAUUACACUUAUUGGUUCUCAACUUAUUCCUCAUAAUUUAAAAUGGUUCUUAACCUUUUAAAUGUUUUAGUUUAGUCCUUAAUCCUUUAAACUUGUGUCAAAAAGGUCUCUAUUAUCCACUAAUAGAUGGAAAAGUGUGAUGUAGUAAACUGAAACACUAAUAAUAAGAAAAGUGUGAUGAGCUAAAGUGCUUAAUUUAUUA